AUGGAAAGUAAGGAAGUGCAAAAGAGGAAAUGGAAGAUUAGCAAAAGGCAAGAGCACCCUGCCACACCGAGUACGGGUGGUUCCCAGUUCGGUGGGCAAUUGGCAAAUGACCUCCUGAAUCCUGAUGACAUCACAAAAAGAUCAACGUUGCAAUGGGGAUUUCAAUCAGCAGCAUUCGGAGUGGCUAAAUAA